GAAAUAAUUAUGAUUAUUAUCAUAAUUCCCUUGACGAAAUACAAACAACGUAAAAUUAAGGUGAAUAAUAUCCAAAAUAAAUAUGGUUUUUUAAACAGACAUUAUGAUUUUUUUUUACAAAAUUAUCAGAUCCUUUUCAAUAUUUUCAGAUAUUCCAGAUUAAAAUGUCAACUCCAGGAGCGUUUCUUACUUCAGCUUUUGUAGAGUCAGUAAACCCUUCUGUGUUUGAGGUGGUGGCACAGGAGAGUUUGAUAAACACACUUAAACCAGCAUUUGAUCAAAUUGCUUCAGUUAUAGCUGGCUGCAGUCCACAGUAUCUUUCAUUUAUUAAUAGAUUUAGAGAUGAAAUAUUCCUUCUUCUGAAUUCAACCCUUCAACUUCACUAUCUAAAACUGUUCUCUGGAUCAUUUUCUGAAAAUUUUUAUGGAUUAGAAAGAGACCCAGUUCUAUCCCAGAAAUUACCACUUAAGCCAUCAUAUAUUUGUCUAGUUCUACUACCUUAUGUUCAAAGAAAAUUACAGAGACUGUUUGAAAAACUCAGAGAGGAUGAAGGUGAUGGAUUCCGAUAUGAAACAAACUUACUAAAUUUAUUAAGAUCACUAUUUCUUCAAAUAUUUCCCUAUUUUCAUUGUAUUUGGGAGAUUUCUAACUUAGGUAUACUGAUGAGCUACUGCCUUCAAAAAUCAAAGUAUCAUUCCCUGGUUGCAGUUCUAGCUGGAUACAACCUAAUAUAUCUAAGAAAGAGUACACAGAAGAACAGUGCCAGUAUUCAAGACGGGAUCUUCCGGAAGGGAGGUGCCAAACAUAUAGUUUAUAACCUUGUUUCUUUGUCGGCUAGGGGGAUAACUCUAGGGCUUGAAAUGGGCAGUUUCUUUCUUCAAGUUGUAGAGCACUGGUACAAUAAAACCCUAACAGAGCACAAGGUUGGAUCUAGAAUUAUUCCUCCUCCUGCUGCUAUACCUGGAUUAGUACCUGGAUUCUGCCCCCUAUGUGGAAAGGAAAGACGAGGAGACACUGUCCUAAUUUCAUCUGGAGUUGUAUUUUGUUACGCUUGCAUCACAAAAUAUAUCAGGAAGAAACACAAGUGUCCUGUGACUAAGAAACCCUCAGAAGAACUACAAUUGGUUCGACUAUUUUACAACAAUGAUUAACCAUUAGUUAAACAAUUGUUCUUUUAUGUAUGUUAAUAAAUAUGUUCUACCUCAAAA